AUGUCCCCUGAAUACCAAAUUGACUCCCAAAAAUACAUCAGCAGUGCAGCCCUCCCUGAGGUAACCCUGGCCCAAGAACAAAGUUUCAACACAAGGAAGGAUGAUUCUUGGUUGGGGAAGGUCAAGGUCAGGUUGUCCCAGAUGGAGCAGCUCCCUGGCAACCAGGAGACACCCUCUGGCAUUCUCACAUCAGAGACAGGCAGUGUGAGGCUAGGGGCUUCAGAAUUCUUGCCAUCACACCUCAAGGUCUACCUGUGCCAUGGUCAGCAUAGGAAGUGGGUCCUUGAGAAUGCUAUCCAGUUGGCUUUGACCAAGGAAAAAAUGGCAGAGACUGGAGAAGAGCAUCCUGAAGCCCACAAGUGCCCACUCAAGGAAGUGCAUCAGCAUAAAGGUGCAUUUUGGACAAUGGAUGUCUACCGAAAUUCCUUAAUGACCAAUUCCAUGUUUUUCACCUGGGUACUUCAAGAUAAUGCCCCUGUGGAAAAGGCUCCAAAUCUGUUGCUUGAUUAUGUCAAUGCCUAUGGAACCUGUUGUGUGUAG